GAUUGUUUAUGUUAAAAUCCCCAAAAUUGAUUUUAGGGCUUUAUCCUAGUUCCUGUAAUAUCCUGAUUCCUUUCAAUCCGUCUAUAGAUAAUAAAAAGGCGGGAAACGAGCCCUAAUUGGGCGUGACUCCUUGCAAUCUCCAUUCCAAUUUCCCAAACAAUUCCUUCGUGGCUACAUCUCUCUCUAACCCCAAAAUCCCACAAUUUGAAGAAAACGUGGAAGUUUCUAAAACCCUAAAUUGAGCUGAUUGGAUGGAGAUCUCCUCCAAUUCGGAGACCAAACUCCCUGUUCGUCGGCGAUUGAUUCAAUCGACACUGGUCCCGCACAAGUCUCAAGACAAUGUGGUCAGUGUAAACGAAGAUCUCGAACCUUAUGUAGACCUCGAAGACGAUGAAGAGGAGUAUUGCGGGAGUCGGAUUCAAGUCAAGAAAAACGACAAGCGAAAGCCAAAAGUAGUGUCUCAAACUCGAGUUUCAACGAAGCUUGCUGUAAAUGGAAAUGAGCUUGUAGGAAAGAAUACCGAUGAAGAAGAUUCUCCUGCUACUGUUAAAUGUGACUUCUUAUUGAAAGUUUCUGAGAAACGCCGACAAUUAAGACAGCAAAAGGAGCAGUUGCCUAUCACUUCACCUGAUAAAAAUGAACAAAAGGAAGAUCUUGAACCUGAUGUAGACCAUGAAGAUGAUGAUGAGUAUUGUGGGAGUCAGAGUCAAGGCAAGAAAAAUAAAAAGAGAAAGCCAAAAGCAGUGUCCCAAUCACGAGCUUCAAGAAAGCUUGCUGUAAAUGGAAAUGAGAUUGGAGGAAAGAAUACUGAGGAGGAAGAUUCUCCUGCUACUGUUAAAGGUGAUUUCUUCUUAAAAGUUUCUGAGAGACGCCAUCAACAGAAACAGAAAAAGGAGCAGUUGCCUAUCCAUACACCUGAAAAAAUUGAGCUGAAUUGUUCUCCAUCAGAUGUCAUCACAAGUCGAGCUAGCUCUACACCAAAGAAGCAAAUGAAUUCAACACCACCUAGAAAUGUUGUUAAUGGGGCUUUAGCUGAAGAUUUAUCACAGAAAAUCUUGACUAGUCUGCCUAAGCCACUUCCUGAUCUACAGUUGGAGGCAAAAAUGACUGCAGAGCCUGCUGUAAAUGGAAAUGAGAUUGGAGGAAAGAAUACCGAGGAAGAAGAUUCCCCUGCUACUGUUAAAUGUGAUUUCUUUUUGAAAGUUUCUGAGAAACGUCAACUGAGACACCAAAAGGAGCAGUUGCCUAUCAAUUUAUCUGAUAAAAAUGAACAAAAUGAAGAUCUUGAACCUGAUGUAGAUCAUGAAGAUGAUGAUGAUGAUGAUGAGUAUUGUGGGAGUCAGAGUCAAGGCAAGAAAAAUAAAAAGCGAAAGCCAAAAGCAGUGUCCCAAUCACAAGCUUCAAGAAAGCUUGCUGUAAAUGGAAAUGAGGUUGGAGGAAAGAAUACUGGGGAAGAAAAUUCUCCUGCUACUGUUCAAGGUGAUUUCUUCUUAAAAGUUUCUGAGAGAUGCCAUCAACGGAGACAGAAAAAGGAGCAGUUGCCUACCCAUACACCUGAAAAAGCUGAGCUGAAUUGUUCACCAUCAGAUGUCAUUACAAAUUCAAAGAGCCCUAGGAAGCUCAGAAGGCGAGCUAGCUCUACACCAAAAAAGAAAAUGAAUUCAACGCCAUCUAGAAAUGCUGUUAAUGGAGCUUUAGAUGAAGAUUUAUCAGAGAAAGUGCUGACUAGUCCACUUAAGCCACUUCCUGAUCUACGUCUGGAGGCAAAAAUGACUGCAGAGGAAAAUUCACGUAUAUUUGCAGGAAAGCAAAUACAUCCCUUCUUUUCUUCUUGGAAAACAGGCAAGAAAAACACUGAGAGUACUGGAUUAGAGAUCAAAUGGUGUCAUGUUGAGGGAAAGGAAAGCAGCAAUGAUUUCAGUACUUUCCAUAUAUUUGAGAAAACACAGGGUGAAGAAACUUUUUCUGUUGAUUGGAGAAACUGGACAUUUUCUGAAGGUGUCUCCAUGAGGACUAGUCAAGAAGCAGAAGAUGCUUGUUUGCAGCUGAUCAAUGAAGGAUCAGUCAGUUGCUUGCAGUUUGAUAAUUUCCUUGAUGCCCCUCCACUUGAAAUAUCAUCGUGUCAGAACAAGGGGUAUUCGAGUCAAUUUCCUAUCCAACUUGAAGAAAUCUCCUCCAUACCUCCAAAUUAUCAUGAUUGUAACUCUCAGCCUGAGAAUAGCUUAUGGACAACCAAGUAUCAGCCUGAAAAGGCCAUUGAGAUAUGUGGGAACAUUGAAUCUGUGAAGUUUCUGAGUGAAUGGUUACGUCUAUGGUAUCAAAAAGGGUCAAGAAUCAGUAAAUGCUCUACAGAUAAUGAUAAUUGGAUCAUGCAAGGUGUUGACCUUAACUACUCUCCAACUGACUCUGAUUCAGAGUCAACUGAUGAAGAAACCAGUUUAAAAAAUGUCCUCUUAGUUACAGGCCCAGUUGGGAGUGGGAAAUCUGCAGCUAUUUAUGCAUGUGCCAAAGAGCAAGGUUUUCAAGUUAUUGAGGUGAAUACAUCAGAUUGGAGAAAUGGUGCACUUGUGAAGCAAAAGUUUGGUGAAGCUGUAGAAUCACACUGGCUUAAAUGUUCUGCCCCCAAUCAUGAAAACCCAGAUAACAAGAAUCAAUUGAAGUCAUCAGAUGAUGUUAUUGAGUUGAUACCAUUAUCAGAUGAUGAGGAUUCAAAAGAUGUUAAACCAAUAGACAAGGAGAAUAAAAUUUCCUCUUCUCAAAACGGAAUCAAAACCCUAAUUCUUUUUGAGGAUAUUGAUGCAACUCUAUAUGAAGAUCGUGGUUUUAUUUCCACUAUACAACAGCUUGCAGAAACAGCAAAGCGACCAAUGAUAUUAACCAGCAACAGUGAUGAUCCUGAUCUACCGAAUAACUUAGAUAGGAUAGAGGUUAGCUUUAGAAUACCAUCAUCAGACGACCUUCUCAGCCUUGCAAAAAUGGUUUGCACUGCAGAAAAAGCCGAAAUUAACCCUUCUCUGUUGGAACGAUUUAUCGACUACUGCCAAGGCGAUAUUCGUAAAACCAUUAUGCUUCUCCAGUUUUGGUGCCAGGGGCAAACUCGGAAAAAAGUUCCCGAUAAUGAAAUGCAUAAUACAUAUGCUCCACUGCUGUUCGAUACUAAUGCGAGUCAUCAUGUUCUACCACAACUGAUCCCAUCUGGUCACACUUCCAAGCUUUCUGAAAUUAUUGAAAAAGAAAUUACAAAAUCAAGUUUGUUAGCAGAAAAAUAUGAUAAUACCAUGAUGGAGAUAAUCGAGGAAGAAGACGAAAACAUCGAGGCCAAAAAAGACGAAAUGCUACGCAGACACUGCUCCGAUCAAGAUGAAAAUAAAUUUUCAGCUCAUUGCUUUCCAAGUUGCUCGAGUUCCCCAGUUGCAUUCACCAAAAGAUCCCUUCAGAAAAAACAUGACCCCGGAAUGUCUGAUUCCGGAGAUUGCUUACUGGAUGUACCUGAGGAUGUAAUUGAAGAAGUGGCCGUUGAAAAAAGGAUUAGGAGGAAAUACAAUUCCGUUAUGUUGUCCGAUUCCGAAGAUGAGUGCUUUGAUGUGUCAUGUGUUCCGGAAUCCACUUUUGUUCCCGAGACAGAACUCGGGAAUGGAAUGUGUUCUGAUGGUGGAAUCGAAGAUGGUGCCAUGAGCAUGGAUAUUACAUCAAGAACUGUGGCAAUGGAGUUUCAUAAUUCUUGUGAAGAAGAUAAAGCUCCAUCAAUGGCGGUUGCAACGGAUUCCGGUUUGGAUUCGGCACCAAUUCACGGGGAAGAAAUGGGUGAUUCCCAUGUUGAACCGAUGGCGGGUCUCCUGAGGGAAUAUCAAAUGAUGGAUGAGUGUAGCCGAAUUGAUUUCAAUAAGAAAUUGGAACCGGAAUCGGAAUUGGAAUCCGUAGAUAUUGUACAAGAAACAUGGAGAAAACUACGUAACUGUGAGCAUGAGUUAAGGCAAUACGUCUCCAAUGAGGAAAAAGAUAGUUUAGAAGCUUUACAAAUUUCUCAUGGAAUAACUAAUUUAAUCUCGGAAGCUGAUUUAUUACUUUCAGAUUGCCAGUUAUUGACAUGUGAUUAUUUAAAACCAUCGAUGGUUUCACCCGAGAAAUCACACUCAUCCAGCUGGCAUGAAGACCAACUGCAAAUGGGGUCAACAACAGGUCAACAUGGAUUCUGUUUAUAUGCAAAAAAAGGGUCAAAUGGUCAACUGGAUUUGAGUCGGGAGAUGCUGGCAGCAUCGAAUAACGCUGUUUCUUUGGGAAAAUUAAUCAACCAAAACAAUUUAAACAACAAAAUUCAUAACAGCGGAGUCUCCUUGAAAAGCAUACUAGAAUCGCCAAUUUGCAAUACAGUUCAAUCGAUAGUUCCAUUAAAGUCACAAUUAUCACUGAAAGGCUAUGUGUUCCAUGAAUACCUCUCCACACUCUCCCAAAUUUCAAGAUCAGAAUCUUUGCGUUUUUCGGAAGCCAUAAACAGUUCAAACCAAAGAAGAAAGAGGGUGGCUCGAAAUUACUUGAGUAAUGGUGGAUUAUCGUUAUCAAGUGAAGAUAUUUCGUUGCUAGAGCAGUAUAGUUGCUGCCAGAAACAAUCAUCUGAAACAAAAUUUUAGUGUAGAAAUAUUAAAGAAUAAAAGAUGGAGAAAAGUCGACGGAUUAAUGAUAGAAGGUGUACUUCCAGUCAUUUAUUUAUAGCAUAAUGAGGUAUGUGAGAUCAUUUUUAUUUUG